UUCAACACUACACAAUUUCCCCUCAUACUCCCAAAAUCGAUUCAAACCCUUUCAUCCCGUCCAUUCUUCUCUCCCGAACGGGAACGCCACACAACGAGUUUGUUCUCUUCGAAUCCCCCAACGCGAUUCAAUAUAAUCAGCCCCCCUCCCCAAAGCUUAUUUUUCAUUGAGAAAUGGAACGCUCAUUUGACUAUGUGAUUCCCAUUUAACAUAGCAUUAAAGGCAAGCCUUCGCAGAAAUCUUUUCUUCAAAAACUUGACUAUGUUUGAAAAAUGUUAGAUGAUGUUCAUCAAGAAAUGCUUAUGGAAUCUUGUUUCGGACAACUAUAUCGAAUGAAGUAUAUACCUUUUUUAGCACAGCUAGUCCACCAACUUGUAUUGAGAAUGACUGUAAUCAAAAAAUAAAAUGAGAUCUAGUUUUCAAUUGGAGGUAAGCCAACACGAUUUUCAUUAUACGAGUUCUCAUUGAUAGCGGGGUUGAGAGUUAGUGAGGAGCCUUCAUUGGAGCCCCAUGUUGUGACUAAUGAUAGAUUGGUGAAGAAAUACUUUAAAAAGUGUAAGAAAUGCAUAACGGUGUACAAUUUGAAGGAAGCUAUUGAAAGUUGCAAAGUGCGUAUGGAAGACAAGUACAAGAUUGGGCUCGUAUAUAUUUUGGAAACGGUAAUACUACCCAAAGAAAGCUACAUAUACAUAAAUUUAGAACACUUGUCAAUGGUUGAUGACCUAGAGGCUUUUAAUAGUUAUCCUUGGGAGAGAAAGGCGUUUGGCCGCACAAUAGAUGUAUUCACGAGAGACUGGAAAUCAUUGGUGAAGUCACACUUGAUAAAUAAUGAGAAAUAUCCAUAUUCAAUUUAUGGAUUUCCACUCGCUUUGCAGCCAUACCAUCUAUUGGACGGAGAUAUGGUGAGAAUCUACAGGAGGCUGACCUCCGCAGAAUAUGUCGAUGGAAUUCUUCUGAAAUGCCUAACUCCAAGGAUAUUGGUGCAAGUAUAGACGAACCAAAUAUUGUUGUUCAUUGCACAUUGAAGCCUACGCCGGAAGAGGCUUCCAAAGCAUAUUAGACAAAGAUUCAUUGAUUCGAGAAUGAAGUAGAGGAUCCAACAUUUGAUAUCUUUGUGGAUAAGGAAAAUGUAGCAGAUUCGUCCAUUCGUGUUGAUUUUCCUCAGCAAACUUGCCAGUCUCCUAAUGCCUCUACAUCUCCUCGGGAUCCAUCUUCUUUUUAUAGGCCACCUACUUCUAUAAAUGCUCAUACAUUUCAUCUGGGACCAUCUACAUCAUAUCCAUCUCUGUAUCCAUCUAGAGAUGAGUUCGUUUAGGAAUUGAGAAUGCAAUUACUACAGAUGGUAGAGAUUUUAGAGAGGAAAAAUGAAGGGCAGAUAGAUGAGAUGCGAUCUUACAUAGACCAAAGGUUUGAUUGUGUUACAUCCUUGUGUAGACAAAUUGACGAGAAGAUAUCAUCUGUUGUAGAGUGGAUGAAGAAUUCUAACCCGUCAACAACACCUUACACAUAUCACUCUCCUCUUCGUAGUGGAUUUAUGAAUACUGGAGAAGUAUGUGAUGUAAAUGAGGAUACACUUGUACAUGUAGAAGUUCAAAAUGAUGAGAAUGAAGAUGGCAAUGAGGAGAGAGAAGUGGAAGAUUAUGUGUUGGCAAAUGAACCAGUUCUUGUAAAAGAAGCAAUGUUGCCCGCAGAUGGCAAUGAACAAAAACAAGCAGAUAAUAUGAAUAACUGUCCAAAUCCCAUUGAAGUGGAAAAUGAGCAAAGAUAAGCAACAAAUUUGCCGAAUGAUGAUCAAACUCGUGUGGAAGAGAGAGAUACUUGUGUACCGAUGGAUUCUAUAUCACAUGGUGAUGUAAUGGAGUCCAUCCCUAUAAUGGUGGAAGAUGAGUCUGAUAAGUCAAGUCAGAAUAGGCGCGGGAUGAAAAUCAAGAAAAUGUUACUCGUUCUUAAAUCUCCAUUCACAAAUCUGGAGAAGAAGAAGCUUCACAAUGUAAACGCAUUUAACCCAUUUCGAGAGCUAGAUCCGGCUAAGGCACAUGACUUAAAGAAUUGGUUGGUUAAUGCACCUGAUAGUGAACAUAUGGAAAUGAUAUUGUUCACGAAGCCAAAAAGUUUUUUUGUUGAAAUUCAGAAGCAAUUUGGAUGGCUCGAUAGUGAUCACAUUGACAUAGCGUUGUUGUUGAUAAGAGCACGAAUACAUACAUAUCUUACUGUGUUCCCACAAGAUUGUACAAUUUUGGAUUGUACUUUUACUAACAUGCGCACCAAGAUGUUUGAAGAUUUUGAGCUGUAUAAGAAACAAAAAAAUCCAGUAGAAAACUUUAAAUGGUUGAAAAAUAUGACAAGAUAUAUAUAUGGUAAAAAUCCAGAAUGAAGCAAGUGAUGGGAUUCAUUCUCAACACCGACGUAUAACGCAUACUCAUUUAUUGGUACCACUAUCAGUCCCUUUGCAUUAUUAUACUUUUUACGCAUUUUAUCUUCAAUGGGCGGGGUUAGAGUAGUUGCACAUUUUUCAGCCUCAAUGUGUCUCUCAUAAAACAAUUUCUGUAAAAAUUUUCCUAUUUGCUCAACCGUAGCAACUACUGGAAACUCCCGAGCAUUCUUGAAUAACGAGUUCAAAGAUUCUGCAUUGUUAGUUGUCAUAAUAUUGUAACGGAUUCCUUUGAAAUGUGAUUGGAACCAAAAUUCAUACCCAGCUUUCUUUUCUAGGUAUUGUCCAACUGCCGAACUUUUACGAUAUAGAUUUGCCAUUGAUUUUUCAAAAUUAAUCAAACUAUACUCCUUUGCAGUUGCCAUAAACAAUGGCAGAAUAUCGGCCUUAUGAUAAUUUGACUUUAUGUUUAGUUGUAGAUGUCACAUGCAACAUCCAUGAUGUGUAUAAGGAUAAACAAUCUUUAUAGCGUUACCAAUGCUAUCCUUGCGAUCAGAAAUGAAAACAAGCCAUUCCAACAUACCCGUUACUUGAAACAACUUCUCGAAGAACCAAGUCCAUGAUGCAUCAUUUUCAGAAUCAACAAUGCCAAGAGCAAGAAAAUAUAUCUAAGGAUUUGCAUCUUGACACGUGGCAACAAGUAACGUACCUCGAAAUUUUGAUUUCAUAAAUAUUCCGUCCACAGAAAUGACAUGUCUCGUUGAUGAGUGAAAACCAUGUAUGCUUGGUCCUAAAACUAUAAAAAGAUAUUUAAAUUGGUUCUCAUUAUCAACCUCAAUAAACGUCAUUGUACCGGGAUUAUUCUUCUUCGGAACAUUGCAAUACUUGGCCAAUCUAUCAUAACUAAGAUCAGGUGAACCUCUUAAUAGCUCUAUAGCACAUUUUCUAGCUAUCCAUGCCUUAUAAUAAUUUAUAUCUAUGCCAAACUCUCGACGAAUAUCAUUUUGAAUGUUCGAAGAUCUGUAUAUAAUGUUGGGAUCCUCAAACUUCGACAUGAUGUGUUUCCAAUCAUCCAACAACUAGCUUGUCUAUGAUCUUUGUGGCGAACAUCCAAUGAACAAUUAUGAUAACGUGAAUACUUUCGAAUUUCAAAUUCGUCACUUUCAUUCAAUCGUGUUGCCCGCAAACGCCAUUUGCAAAUUUUCUCAACACAAACUACUACAUAUGUACUCUUAUUUGACUUAGUGACCUUAAAUUCAAAAGAGUUUCUUACAGCAAGCAUUUGUAGUGAUGCCUGAAGAUCCUUUUUGUUGCGAAAAAAUUGGCUAACAUGCACAUCAUCGACGUCAAGAAUCUUAACUGAUGUUCCACAAGGAUUCGGGCAGGCAACAACUUGGGAAAUGUCAAUGAUCUCAUCUACCAAUGUAAAAGGUGUAUUAUGAGUAACAGUGUCUUCAUUUAUCACAUGAGAAUCAUCUAUGUAGUUGUCAUGCA